CGAACAUGCACGACAUCUGACACUUGAAUGAAAAGCUAACGGUUUAUUUACAACGAACAGCUGUUUUCGAUCUUUUCGAUUGGCCGGUUGAUGGCUACAACAUCAUUUCACCAACCGAUAGAAAUAGAACGGAAUAAUUCCAAUAAUAAUUAUUAUUAACAAACUCGCAUUGAAUAUAUCGUUAAAAAUGUCCAAAAGAAGUGGAAAGCAAAGUGAGAAUCUUGUAGAGCGCUUGAAACGAACCAACUAUUACAAUGAGCAGAGAAAUCUCAAACCGGGGCAUUGUAAUAAGUUCCUUCACGCUUGCAUCGAUCUGCAGUUUCUUCAGGGAGAGCACGGCGCCGAAGUUCUGUCGAAGUUGAACGCACUGAAUCUCAAGUACGAGAUCAAGCAGCACCUGAUGCCACGGGUUAUCACGUUCUACCGUACCAGUCAACAGAAUCUAACGCCACAGGGUACAAUGACCGAGAAAAGCGUCGAUCAGAAGUUCAUGAUCUUCCUUAUUUCGGGCGAGGAAUUGGUUCGUCGCGUUAAGGGUAAGAAUCUAUUGGCGCUUGUCCAACAACUCCAAGAUCUUUAUCCAGGAAAAUCCGUUUACCUGUUGGUAUUCGGAUUGAUCACCUAUUGUCGCAAUCACAGAGGAUGCGUUGGACGACGAGAAACGGAAAUUGCCCUCACGGAGGUGCAACUGUUUGCAGACUGUUCGCAUCAGCUGAUUGAGUCGGCUGAAGAAGUGGGCAACUUUGUCGCCCAAUUGGGUAAGAGCCUAGCAGAGCUGCCCUACAAACAGCAGCAGAAUGAAAAGUACAACCAGGAGCAGCUGUAUCUGGGGAACGAAAAGAAGGGCUGCGUACGAGUGGAGGGCAGUGCCGGAUUGCACCAGUUAUAUCAGAACCAACUGGUUAAAAUUCCUUCGGUUACGUUGGAAAUAGCAGAGGCCAUCAUUGCGGAGUAUCCCACGCUGAGUAAGCUGAUUGAAGGGUUCAGGAUGAAUGGCCCUAGCUUGCUGGCCACUAUUCCCAUCCGUCGAGCUGGUGGACCCAUUACGAGCUCUGUUCGACGAAUAGGACCGGAGUUGAGCAAGAAGCUGUGCACGAUAUACAGCAGUUUGGAUCCAAAACAGAAAUUGUAGGUGUGUUUCGGUAAAUCUCUCAAAUGUACCUUUUCAUUAACAACAUGUGAUAUAAUGCAAUAAAUUUCAUCUAAAUUCAAUCAUUAAAA